AUGUCUACGUACUCCCUUGAUGAUGAAGAUCACGAUCCCCAGGCCGAUGAGCUCCGGGAGACCGCCCUUGUCACCCUGGAGGCUCUGAUCAGCUCUUGCAACCAGCAGAUGCAACCUUACCUCACGAACACCACCCGAGCCGCCCUGCGAUUCCUAAAAUACGACCCCAAUGUCGCCGAAAUGGAGGACGAUGAAGAGAUGGGUGGCACGCAAGAUGAUGGCAGUGAGGACGACGCGACCGAGGAGCCAGACAUGGAUGAUGACGAGUUUGGGGAUUUUGAGGAGGAAGGUGGAUACAGUGAUGUAGAUGACAUGAGCUGGAAGGUCCGCCGAUGCGCAGCCAAGCUUCUCUACAGCCUCAUUUCAACUUUUGGUCGCAACAGUGGCCUGGAGGAUGCCACUCUCUACCAGCAGGUUGCGCCAGCCUUGAUCACCCGUAUCAGCAAAGAGCGAGAGGAGAGCGUGAAAUUGGAAGUAGUCUCUACUCUGACGGCACUGGUGCGCAAAACAAGUGAAGGCUCCAUAGUCCUCACUUCUAGUGGCUACCUAGAAGCUGUGGGAGGGUCGAAGAACUCUCGCAAGAGAAGACGCCAGGACAGUGAUGCGAGCAUGGUGGACUUUGAGCCUGGAGUGGGGGCCUCCUCAGCCAUUGACUCUCCGGUUGUUCCUUCAUCGCCAAAGUCGGGACCCCAGGCGGACCUGGCCCGUUCCGUUCCUCUCAUUGUUCAGAGCCUCGUGAAGUCGUGGAAGCAGGCCUCAAUGCCCUUGCGACAGGCUGCCAUCGUCCUCUUGAAAAGCCUUUCGUUGGUCCGGUAUGGAGGAUUGGCUGAUCAUCUCCAGCAGAUUGAAGAUUUGAUCGCGGAUGCAUUGAAAACAUCGUCGCUUGUAGGCAGCUCAGCUGCCCACUCAGGUGCGGCUGUCAGCGCUGGUACUCUACAGAUCGAAACCCUUGGCCUGGUUUCUGCCAUUGCGGAAACACACUUAUCAGACUCCCUUCUCCCAUUCCUUAUCGCUUUAGUGCCGGGCGUUGUUGGAGCUGUCAAUGAGCGUAACUACAAAGUUAGCAGUGAGGCGCUAGGUGCUGUGGAACAAAUUGCGAAGGCUCUGACCCCGCCCCGUGUGUCGGAAAAUAGCCCGGAUGUUGCCAUGCAACUGGAGAAGCUUUAUGACGUUGUCCUCGCUCGGAUCACUGACACCAGCGCCGACCUGGAGGUUCGCCAGCGAGCGAUUCAUGUAUUCGGUGUCAUACUAGCACGUACAUCUGGUGAGCGCGGAACCGAGUAUCUUUCUACCGACCGCCGAUCAAAGGGCCUUGACAUCUUAGUCGACCGUGUGAAAAAUGAAACAACCCGGCUGGCCGCUGUUCGUGCCAUUGAUGAUGUGAUUGUUUUGGCUAGCUGCCAAGGCGACAUCAGCAGCGACUGGGUCAACACCGUCACCAUUGAACUGGGCUCGAAUCUGCGAAAGGCAGAUCGUGCAUUGCGCAGCUCAUGCCUUGAGGCCCUCCGAAGCAGUGCUAUGAACAGUAACACUCGUUCUCAUAUCAGCCCCGACACUAUGGCUAGCCUGGAGACAGCUUUGCUGCCGCUUUUGUCCGCACCCGACUUCCAUCUUCUCACUCCUACUCUGAUCAUCAUUGCCAAGCUUGUUCCUGGCAAUUCAAAGACCCUUGCUAAUGAGUCUCUCAUUCAGUCGAUUUGUUCAAUUGUCAAGCAGCCACUAGUGGGCACCGUCUUGAAGGCUCUGCUUCUUCUAGUAAAAGUCAUCGGCGACGAAGGAGUCGGCGCUCCAUUGAUGCAGAGCUUGCUUCAAAAUGUCGGCAUUACUGGCGACGCUUCUGUUGUUGGGAGAGCUGUCGGUACUCUACUUGUUCAUGGCGGACCGAACCUGGGAGUCACAAUGGAUGACUUCUCUACUGAGUUGAGCACUGCUACAGAUGACAGCCGCAAAUGUCUCGCACUGGCCAUUCUUGGCGAAAUUGCUUUGCGAAUGGGUGCCGAGUGUUCAUUGACCCCGGAUAUCUUCAUUGCUCACUUCGACUCUCCCUCUGACCACGUUCGCUUGGCUGCUGCUACAGCCCUUGGAAAUGCGUCCGCCGGGAGUGUCAAGGCUUACCUCCCCAUCAUUUUGAACGGGCUGGUCAAAUCCAACCCUCAGAGCUAUUUGCUCCUGCAUUCAGUUCGCGAAUUGCUUCAGCAUGCUGACGUGCGUCCUGAGCUGGCUCCGACUGCCCUCAAACUGUGGCAGUCGUUGCUGCAGGUCUCCCAGGAAGAAGACAACCGUGCCGUGGGUGCAGAGUGCAUUGGCCGACUUGCUCUGAUUGAUCCUGUGGCCUACAUCCCUCACUUCCAGGAGCACCUCAACAAUUCGGACCCUGUUGUGCGUGGGGUAGUCAUUUCAGCCUUCCGUUACACAUUAGCUGAUGCAAGCGACGCUUUUAACGUUGUUCUGCGACCACUGAUAGUGCCUCUAUUGACUAGCAUGCUAGCAGACCAGGAUCUUGGCAACCAUCGACUUGCAUUGACUACACUAAACUCUGCCAUUCAUAAUAAGAUGAAUCUUCUCCUGCCACACCUGGGUGAAUUGCUUCCUGCAGUUUUCGGUGACGCCCACGUCAAGCCGGAGCUAAUCCGUGAGGUCCAAAUGGGUCCUUUCAAGCACAAGGUGGACGACGGACUCGACUUGCGCAAGAGCGCUUACGAAACCCUCUACGCUUCCCUGGAUACGUCAUUUGCCCGCUUCCACCUCUCCGAACUUUUUGAUCGUGUUCUUGCCGGUGUUGAAGACGAGCAAGAUAUCCGCGCCGUCAGCAAUCUGAUGACCUCCAAACUCAUCAUCUCUGUCCCCGAGGAAACUGAGCGACGUCUGGAUGCCCUGGCUGAGCGCUAUACGGCCAUCUUGUCGUUCAAGCCUAAGGACAACGCCGUCAAACAAGAGCUGGAGAAGGCCCAAGAGGCAUCCCUUGGUAUCCUCAAGAUCACCAAGGAGCUUAGCAAGGCGUUUCCGGCUGCCGAAGCCUCGAAUGAUUUACACAAGUGGAAAGGAUACAUGGAAUGGGUUCGGAAAAACUUUGCUUCUCAGUUCCAGAGUCUUGAAUCGGACUUGUAA